AUGUCCUCUACUACUUCUACCACCGAGCGAGCAGGUUCAUCCACCAAGCCGGUACGAUGGAGAUCUGCCUGCAAUCAGUGCCAUGCAGCCAAGGUGCGGUGUAGCGGGGAACGCACCGGCUGUGACCGAUGUAACAACCUCCAAUAUCAAUGUGUCUAUGCCAUCUCGCGAGUGGGAAAGGUACCGGGAGUUCGGGCACGCGGCAACAAAGCCGUCCGCACGACGACAGAGGCACCACCACGACCUGAAACGGCGAGUACACUGCCAGAUGCAGACAGCAUUGUGGGGUUCCAGACAGACCAGCGAUCGGAGAACGAUCCCCCCAGCCGUUCAGACUUUGGGGAGGAAGAUGCGGCUCCCGAUGCGCUCUCGCCCAAGUCUCAUAGCGCGCUGUUCCCCGAAUGGACGGAAGCCAGCGACAAAAGUUUGAACACUUACGAGCCCGCCGAUCUCUUCAUUCUCCCCAGCCAGUUAUUAUCCUCCGAUCAAGAUCCAGGUCGAUCCCGGGGCCACUCCUUGCAGCCUCCAAGCCACAGUGGCCAUAGCAUCGCAGACUCGCACACGCCCGGCAUACCAGAUGGUGGACUAUUCUGCCCAUUUAACAAGCCUACAACUCCAAUCCCUGCGCUUCCUGACCUCGAUCUACACAUUCAGGACUUCCAUCCGAUGGAUAUUCCCGUCAGCACGCUCGACAACGGCCCACCGGUCAAACGACGCCCGUAUUCGGAUGCAUCCUGUGGGCACUCCAGUCACAGUAACAAGGGAUACAUGAACUCAACGUUCCCCUACAGCGAACUGCUCUCUCAGAUAGGCUGCCAAACAGACUGCGGUCGCCAACCCCACCACUACAAUUACCGAAGCUGGACAAUUCUUAUCUGCAACCGCAUAGUGGAGUUCCUCGAACACCGAAUUCAGGGCGGCGUUGUGGCCUUGGAUGUGGUCAUGCAGACGAAUAAAAUUACUCUCGGGGAGAUUUCCCGCAUCCUAAGCAAAGGGGCCCACAAAGAGGGCUCCAACUGCGCCAUGCUACUGCUAAUCGCCAUCGAUCAGAUUGUGACCUUGUUCGAAUGCAGUAUGCAGCAGGACUCCCCCGGCGACGGCGAUCGAGCGAGCAUCGGAGGCCGAGACUUGUCCGCUCUCGGGGAUGAACUUACGGGGGCAAAUGUCUUACCUAACCUUCGCUUUGGACUGUUCCAGAUUAACCAAGACGAGCAGCUGGCCCUGCGGUCGUAUCUCUUGCAACGAGAGCUCCAGCGAUGCUUACAGGUACUGAGUAACUUGCGAGAUGCGAUUCCCUUGGAGCCCAAUCCGUGCACGGCGCUGGAAGCGCGAGUCAAGAAACUUUGUUCCGCGAUCUCAGACUCUCAUUGA